CAAGAUGCUGUCAGCUCCAGCAGGUUUUUCUCUCUCUGUGUUCCUAUAUUUAAUUGCAUUUCUCUCGGGAUUACUAGGCAACACUCCCCCACAUGGCUAACAUGAAGGUGAUGGUUCUGUAGACAGUGCGAUGUGCAGCUCAGUUUAGGCUUCUGUAAGGUGGAGCUGAGCUUUAGGGGGCGUCGCUUGAUCCUCAGCAAUCUUUACAAUCUCAGGCUGAGGAAUGACUGGAGAAAUGCCCCGUUCCCUCUCCUGCUUCUUUCAUUCGCCGUCAGCUCGUCCUAUCCAUCUGUUAUGUGCAAAGGGAAGCCAACUCGGAAGCCUAGACAGCAAGCGUAUCCUGUGAACUUGAGAACAAAAUAUUUACCAAUAUAAAGUCUCCAUAAGCAGGUUUUCCAUACAUCAUGAAUUUUCACAAGGAUUGUGGAUUCAUUCCAUCAUGAAGACAGCUAAAGGAACAACUUUGUCACACUGAAAGUUUUUGUUUUUUCCCUGUAAGUUGCUUUGCAAAGACGAGGAAAAUGAAUCUCUCCAGUUAUUUUGAAAAUCAGUCAGUUCCUAACAACAUUUCAGGAAAUAUUACAUUCCCUAUGUCGGAAGACUGUGCUUUGCCAAUGCCUAUAGUUUUUACUCUCGCUCUUGCCUAUGGGGCUGUUAUAAUUCUUGGACUCUCUGGAAAUCUGGCUCUAAUUAUCAUCAUUUUAAAGCAGAAGGAGAUGCGAAACGUCACCAACAUCCUCAUUGUGAACCUUUCUUUUUCUGAUCUGUUAGCAACAAUAAUGUGCCUGCCUUUCACCCUGAUUUAUACUCUUAUGGAUCACUGGAUCUUUGGGGAGGUCAUGUGCAAGCUAAAUGAGUACAUACAGUGUGUUUCAGUGACCGUCUCCAUCUUUUCACUGGUUCUUAUUGCUAUUGAACGCCAUCAGUUGAUAAUAAAUCCUCGUGGGUGGAGACCUAAUAAUAGACACGCCUGCUUUGGAAUAACUGUCAUAUGGGGCGUAGCAAUGGCUUGCUCUUCACCUUUAAUGAUGUACAGUGUUUUAACUGAUGAACCAUUCAGAAACAUAAGCCUUGACUCCUACAUAGGAAAAUAUGUUUGCCUGGAAGAUUUCCCAGAGGACAAUUUCAGACUUUCUUAUACAACAUUACUCUUUAUUCUACAGUACCUUGGGCCACUUUGUUUCAUUUUUGUUUGCUACACAAAGAUAUUUCUACGAUUAAAAAGACGAAACAAUAUGAUGGACAAGAUGAGAGACAAUAAGUACAGAUCCAGUGAAACUAAAAGAAUUAACAUCAUGCUCCUAUCCAUAGUGGUGGGAUUUGCUCUUUGUUGGCUGCCAUUCUUCAUCUUCAAUUUGGUGUUUGAUUGGAAUCAUGAAGCCAUUGCAACCUGCAACCACAACUUGUUAUUUCUGAUUUGCCACCUCACGGCGAUGAUCUCUACGUGCGUGAACCCCAUUUUUUAUGGUUUCCUUAACAAAAACUUCCAAAGGGAUUUACAGUUCUUCUUUAAUUUUUGUGAUUUUAGAUCUAGAGAGGACGAUUAUGAGACAAUAGCUAUGUCUACCAUGCACACUGAUGUUUCCAAAACAUCUUUGAAACAGGCAAGCCCAAUAGCAUAAAAAUGAACGACAAAAUGCCUUUUUUUUAAUGACAGUAAGUGUGUUGCAAAUAUGUAUCCCAAAUAAGCACAACGCCAUUUUAUCUUGAAGUUCUAGCACCAAACACUGCAAAGGCAUGGCUGUGUCCCGUCUGCACUACCAUUAUACUCUAUUCACCGAUUAAUAAUAGUAACAUGAGCAGCUGUUACACAUUCCAGUUGCUGGGCUGUGGAACCAUAGUUGUACUGUCAACAUUCUGCAAGCAUUCAGCUUUAUUUCAGUCAUGUGGCAUUCAUGUGGUGUUUGGCACUGAGAACAAGCAUUCUUCGGUAAUAUGACGAUCGCUUUAAACUGUGAAUGUUGUUACUAUGUUUUGUAUUCUAAACUUAAAUCUGUACUUGUAACUAUAACUGCAGUAUAUGAUAUACGGUAUUUAUUACAAAAGUUGCAAAAAGUUACUUUUUUACCUAUUUUAUUAGAAUUUAAUAGAUGUUAAGUUAUACAUUAUGCUAUUUUAUAUUGCAUUCAUAUGUAUUAUGUUGUCUUUGAAAAACUCUUGUGCUAAUGUAGUGAAAUGAAGAGGGAGUGGGAAAAAAUGACCUUCAGAAGGUUCAUAGGAUUCCCAAACACACUACAAACGAUCUGUUUACCAUUUCGUAUUUUUUAGGUUUAGAUACCCAUGUUGUUAUGCUUUAUUCUAUUUACUUUCAUAUGAGAGGACUUUUUAAUGCUAUAAUUUAAGGAAGAAUUUCUAGCGAUGAAAGUAGCAAACAAAAAACCUUGGACCCCCUACUGAUUAGAAAAUGAGGUGACUAUACAAUAGUCAUUGAUAUUAUUCAUGAAACAAUAGCAAGAUAAUAGGGUUAAUUUACAACCAAAAGUCAUUGUUUUACCCAUAAUGCACUGUUCCCCCCCAUAAUUCCAGAGAGACUGCAUCAUUUCUGCAACUAAGAAUUAUAAUGACAUCUGCACCUGAUUCUUUAGGCACAAGUCACUAUAAAUCAUUAGGGAAACUCUCACAAAAAUUGUAUUGACGUAAAACACUUUCUAAAUACAAUCAAUUAAAAAUUCUAUAUUCUUUAUGAAAUAAUAAAGUUACUCUUUUCUAUCUCCCUCUCAAUCUCUGUCACUCUUUGUUCCCUCUUCAUGCAGGAGUAUAAUUUUGAUAAACAGUUAGGUCUAAUACAUUGUUAGGGUAUUAGAGCUCACUCUUUCAAAAUAACUAGCUCUGAUGGAAAUCCUGUCUCUCUACAUGCAGGAUGUGUGCCAGAGUCAGUUAUUAUGUUAGUUUUUGUUAGUGCUGGAGUCAGUAAACUAUGUUAGUUCAAAUACAUCUGUCAGAAUCUGACCCGACCACUGCAUGAACAGAGGAUGAAAAAGGACAGGUUGCUGAGAUGGAGAUAAUAAAGUGUAACUUCAUUAUUUUAAAAGUGGUACAGAAUUUUUUAUUGAUUAUAUUUAGAAAAUGCCUUAUUUCCAUGAGCUAAAAGUUAUAUUAAAGUAUAAUUUUUUUCUGUAGUUACCCUUCAAGCUUAAUGGCUCACUUGGCAUUUUCUCUGCCGGUGAAAAAAUGCCAGCAAAGGAAAGGCCAAAACCUUUCUGUGUGUGUAGUGACAGGAAUGAAUAAGGACUGGCUGUUACUGGGCACACAGGAUUAAAUCCCAUUCAUUCCUGUAACUAUACACUCCCGGAAUGGAUGUGGGUUGGAUCAGCUUUUUCUUUGCCUGCUUUUUAAAAAACUGGCGAAAACACCAUAAGUGCCAGUGUCUAGGAUUUUUAUGGUAUGCGCCUUCACAUGAAGUUCAUUGAUGAAUUAAAGGUUUAAAUAUAUGAAUGUAUAACUUUAUAUAGCUCUACUAGGAUAAGCAGCACUGUAAAGUUUUAAAUACAAAAAGUACAAACAGGGAUGACUAACAGUGUAAGAAAUAAAUAUAUAAACAAUAAAUGCCAUGUAGUCCAUUGUAAGAAGCAAAGAAGGAAGCAAGUUCCUGCCAUAGAGCUUACAGUCUAAAUACAUGCCAUAUGAGUCAACAUAAAUAGAUUUAUUGGGCCAUACAUUCAAAGUAUAGAACUAAUAUAAAAACAAGCAAAAUGGACCAUCAGUAUAUGUUUAACGGCUUUUUCUUUUUAUACUUAUUUGCUGUGAAGUAAAGUUGUGUAAAGUGUCAGGAAAGAGGCCUGCCUGAGAGUGUGGGGUAUAGUUAGAAUAAGCUUGUGAGCUUUGUUUCUAUUUUACCUUCAUAAACAAUGAUCUUAAUGUGAUUCGCAUUUACCUUAUAGUUUAUAUAUAAUCUGGAUCUAAUUUGAAGUGUUCAUUGGACAAAAAAGUUCUCCCCUUUCUGUGAAACUAAGCAAACAUUUGUAUAGAAAGUUUUAGUAGAAAUGUGAAUUAACAGGGAAGAAGUUUGCUUGUGUUUAUGUAAGGUUUUAAGGAAACAGGAAAUGUUCUUCCCACGGGGCCUGAAAAACCAUUCCCCUCAUGAUUAUCGUGUCUCAAAUAUGUGCCACCUGGGUUGUUGUGGAAUCUAAUGGGUUACUAUAAUACUGUCAGGGCCACCAUCAGGGGGGACAGGGGACAGUUGUCACGGCAUGGGUUACUUAAAAUAGCCAGACCCUUCUGCCGUCAGUAAGCUGCAAACUUGGGAAAGGAGGGCAGGAUCUAAUGUGCCUGGAUGUUCUUUCCCUACUAUUGCUCAUUUUGUCACAGCCGCAUAGGAAUUAGUUAGGCUGGGGGGAACUUCAAACUUCACCCAGUAACUUAUCCUGUAAUCCCCAUGCAGCUUUACUGGGACUUAAAGCUGUGUGACAAAAUGAGCAGCUGCUCUAGGGGAGAUGGCAAUGAUGACCUGUGGGGGUUUGGGCUAAUGUCUCAUGCGGGUAAUUGUGGAAGUACCGGGCUCCAAGUAGCUAGUGCUAAAAUCAGUAGCCGCUAUAUUGCUACUCCCAGCUCCUGUCCCCCAAUUCAUCUGGCUGGCUUUAGCUGUAGUGAUGCUGGGAGUUGUGGUUUUUAGCAGAUUUAUAGAUCACAGUGUUGGGGAUUUAUUUAAGGCAUCUGAUCUCUAUAUGUAUUACCUGGGGUAUAAUCACUUGCGGGGUUGGCUUUGCCUGCCCCAUGUAUUCAGCAGCCGCCCCAUACCAGUAAUGUAACAUUUCUGCACACUUCUCCCCAGCAGGUAUUUCUUCUUCUCUGUUGGGCCCAGAGGGGGUGUGGGCCCGGGUGCGCGUCCCCUGCCCCAGACUCUGCCCUGUUUGUAUCUCUCUGCUCCCUUUAUUCCAGUCUAACUUCUUCUUGUGUAAAUCCAGCAGGUCUGGUACAUUCCUUUAAAGGGGCUGUCCACCUUUGAGUUAACUUUUAGUAUGAUGUAAAGAGUAAUAUACUGAUACAA